AUGGACCCUUACAAGAAUUCCAUAGUGCAUGAAUAUAGGGUUUUAUAUUCCACACGAAUAGUUCAAAAGGAUAAAAAAUGGUGUGACGGCAUCUUGAGGUACUACGAGGUGAAUAACAAAGUUGAGCUCAGUAAUCCUACUCAAUUAUUGCUCGUUAGUGACUUUCUUAGUGGCUCCGUAGGUUUUGUGAUGAGCGAAAUGUUGGCUAGUGGGCACGAAUUCAAGCUCCCGAACAAGCUGUUCCUCGUUAUGGUGGAUGAGAAGAUAGGCUCGUCAGUUAGGGACGUUUCCCAAGCGAUUAGAGCAAGAAACGACACAGUAAUGGUGCCACAGCCAUACAUAAAAUCCGAACCAUUGAUCAAAAAUGAGCCUCUGGUUGAAAAACUUGUUGCAAGCACUCGCUUGGUGACCGAUAACAAGCCUAUAAGGCCACAAGUGGUCCGGAAGGUGGGGAUUUCUCGGCCUGUUCCGCGGAAGAAAAUCACCGUGAAGCAAGAAACCUCACAGUUCAAAAUCCCCUCCAAGAUACAACGAUCUCAUGUCCGGAUCCCACCCAGAUCCUCUACUGUAUUCCAGUACCUAAAUCUAGGCUGCUACAAUUGA